UUCAAACAAGACCCCUAUUUCUUUCAUUUCGCAAUUUUCUUCCUCGCUCUUCUUUAUUCUUUAUUUUCUUUUCGGUCAUUAAAUUUUUCGAGCAAACAUCAAGAUCCGGCUACCAAAUACCAAGAUCCGGCCACCAAGCACCAAGCUCCGACCACCCACGACUAGACCCACCCAAUUUCAGCCAUACACACAACAUUUUGAUCUCUAUGACCGAAUCGCCGGUUCCCGAUUCUUUACCCGUCGAACCGGGCUCUGGACUUUAAACCCCGGCUUUGGUGGUUGGAUCGGACCGCUUUACUGCCGGUUCGCGGUCGGACCGGGCGGUCCGGUCCGUAUCUGACAACCAUGCUCCUUAUAAAGCCGCCACAGCCUCCUCUUUGCUCUCCACACCAAACCCAAACGGCGAAACCCCCAAACCCAAACGGCCAAACUCAAACUGCCAACCCAAUCUCAUUCAUUCAUUCAUUCAUUCAUCCCUCCUCCACCACUGUCUAGUUCCUCCGCUACUCAUUCAGGCUUUAACAGAGAGCCAGCCACUUUAAUUGAUUAAUUGAUUGAAUACCAGUAGGGUGCGAUCAAGAUGGUGGAGUAUGGUGGUCGACGAGGGGAAAUACGGUGGGGCGAUCAGACGCUUCUACCUCUGCGUCGCAUCAAGCAAUUCUCCGGCACCGUCUCUUGCUGGUAUUGUGAUUUCAAGUUUUCGGCCCUCAAUGAACCCUUGUUUCGUUUCGGUCGGCGACACUCUAGGUCCCUGCGGGUAUGGUUCUCCAUAGGAGUCGUAUUUAGUUUGGCGGCUUUACUUGGAGUCACACUAAUUAUUCUAUGUGAAUUGGUCCGAAUAACACUUGUAUGCGCCGGAAAUACCUGGACGGGUAACUCCUUGUUUGGGCUUGCCUCUGUGAUUGGCGGGUUGCACAUUUCACUUCCCAAUAUGGUAUAUUUGUGCUUAUCUUCUGUCAUAUGCGUAUUUGUUCAUGAGCUUGGGCAUGCUCUUGCAGCAGCAAGUGAGGGUGUGCACGUCGAGUAUGUUGCUAUCUUUUUGGCGGUGUUGUUUCCAGGAGCUUUGGUGGCUUUCAAUCACUCAUCAUUGCAGGCAUUACCUUUGGUUGCAUCUCUCCGUAUAUAUUGUGCUGGUAUUUGGCACAAUGCGGCGGUAAGUUUUUGUGUUGGUUGCGCCCUGGCAUUAGUCCUUCUUCCCUUCAUCUUCAGUCCAUUCUACGUACACGGUGAAAGCCUAAUGGUUCUGGAUGUGCCAUCUAUGUCACCAUUAUACGGUUAUCUCUCACGUCAUGAUGUUGUAUUUUCUUUGGAUGGCAUCCGUAUUCAUACUACAGAAGAGUGGAAGCAGACGAUCACUAUGUUGACUGAGCAGACUUACUCGCUUAGCUCUGAUCAACCUAGUGUAAAUUUAAAUGUUGAAAAUGGUUAUUGUAUUCCUCAAUCUUUGACUAAGGAGAUUGCUCAAGUUCAGUUUAAAGGGAAUCAAACAUAUUGUCCAAAAGAACUCAUUGCCUUUGCAUCGAUGACCUGUCUGGAUGUGGAAAAGCAUACUAAUGAUGCCAACCGAAACAAUCAUCAAAGAAGAGAAAAUAUUCACUGUUUGGAUGCUAAGGAUGUGAUAAAGCUUAAAAAAUGUGCCUACCCUAAUUUUAAGGAGCAAGCUUUAACAAAUGGAAGUAGCUGUCUUUGUUCAGAGGUAGAGUCAUGCUUGACGCCUAUGCAGCUGCCAGGUCUACGGUGGGUUGAGAUAACAUAUUCAACUUUGGAAUGCCACAGUCGUAGAAGAAGUUUAUUUUCUCCAGAAAAGCAUUCUAGCAGUGAAAAAACAAGCUGUCUUCAGACAUUUGUCUAUGUUGGUGAUCUGAUCACUAUGGCAAAUUCCAUCCAUUUGACUUCCUAUCUGCCUCGUUGGUCAAUUUAUUUCAUGGCAUAUCUUCCAAAUUUAUUGGAGAAACUAUUCGCAUAUGCCUUCCAUGUCUCUAUGGGACUUGCUCUCUUGAACAGCCUGCCGGUGUUUUUUCUUGACGGGGAAUACAUUUUAGAAGCGACUCUACACUGUUUCGGUUCAUUGAGCUCCAGGAUGAGGCAAUCAGUUCGGCGGUGUUGCCUGCUUGUAGGGACCUCUUUUUCUGCCUGUUUUAUCUUGCAGACAAUCUUCGUCUCUGUAAGCUAAUGUCCGUAUGUCCGUAUCUUGUAGGGUCAUUUCAUCAUCGUUCUUCAUUUAAUUUAUAUGUCCGUAUGUGCUUUGAGUUUUGUAGUUGUUUGCCGGUAGACGUGGUAGUUUUUCCCGAUGUCAAAUUAAAAUCGAUUGGUGUGAAUUUACCAGUUUAGCAAAUAGGUUUGAUGAAUGUCAGUAAUUGAGGGAGGGAUUUCAUUCAAAUAUAUUUUUGGGUUGAAUUCGAAGUUAUCAUUUUA